UCCGCGGUGCCCUAGGGUGGCUGACAGUUCACAAAUCAGACUUCUUUAUUUUGAAUGACACCUUUCUGUUGCCUUUCCUCCUUUAAUGUUACCAGUGGAAAGCUAAUAGGCUGCUAUGUAAAGUUCUUCAUGCAUGUAAGCUUGACAAGCCAAAGCAAGACAGGAAUUUUCUUUUGUCAGAUUGGACAAAUUUCUCUUCACAUCUUUUAUAUCCUCCCCCUCUGUGGGAUUUGAAGCUUGUUCAGAACCCAGCUGGAGACUUGUGCUCUUCUUAAAAUAUUGCGAUAAUUUUAUUACUUGAAUUUCUGCAGCUUCUGCCAGUCUUCAUAAGGUUUCAGGUAGUCAUAAAGAACAAAGGAUUUAGUAAAUGUAUUCUAAAAUACUACUUUUAACUUCUGUGAUAAGAAAACCAGUGGUGACUGUAUUUGUCUAACAAAAGCCUCAAUGACAAAAUCGCUUGCAUCUUGUUACACUUGUCAAAUGUUGUCUGAGUAUACAGAAGUUAGCAAUGGAAGGUAGAAAUGCAAGAUACAUCAGGGUGCCAUAAAUGCAUCAAAGGAAGUAACAGACUUUUUCACAUGAAGGACAGAGAAUGUCACAGGUAUGACCAAUGUGGUGUAAGAGGGAUUCCUUUCUGUAGUAACAUGUGCCAUUAACAUUAUCAAAGAUACUUUGCAGUGGUACACGAAAGUUACCCAAAUGCCUCCUCCUGCUAUGCAAAAGGAGCUAUGGGACUUUAUCAAGAGAUGGCUCUCACAAACCCAGUUUGCGAGUCCCUGCUCUGUAGCAACAUAAGCUUUCCGCAGCAAACCAGGCUCCUUCUACAGUAUUUCACCUGCUUCCCUACCUUGGUACUUGAAGCUUAAUUAACAAUUUCAAGCGAAAUUCUGUUCUACAGAAUUGACUCAGCCUUCAUUCUUUCUGUUGCACAAGUCACAUACCUGUUCUCUACUUAGUCACUGAGAUUGCCAAAACUCUGAAUAAAUUCGUCUAUGGCAGGAUUUUCUUCAAACAAUAUCAGGCAUGGUUUGCUCUUAAGGUACAACCUGUUUUGCCUUUGUGACUAGACACCACUUAUCUUUUCCUUAAGAAAUUGAAUUGUGCAGGAUACCUGCAGGAUGACUCUAGAACAGGAUGUUUUACCCUCAGUCUUGAAAGCAUUCAUUGUGCUGGACCUUACAAUGCCAGCAGGGUUUUUUCCCCCUCCAGCAGCUGAGAAAUUUGAAAGUAGAGUCUUCUGACUCAUAGUCAGAGAGUAAAGAACUGAGGUGAGUUAAGCCUUUACAACCUCCCACUGUUUGUUACCACUCCUUUCCUGGAGCUAACCACCAAACAUCAUAGUUUGGUGAAAAGACAAAAUGCCUCUGCCUCAGCCAUUUGAAAUUAAAAAUUCAUGCCCUGGGGCAUGCAUAGCUCAUUUACAAUUAGAGCUAAGAUGCUGGUCUAUAAAGUGGAGCAGCUGAUCCAUGGCACAUGUUCUGCUCUGUUAGCUCAGUUACAGGGGUUGCAACCUCCAGCAAAGAUGCAGAGCAGACUCGUACAUAUCCUCAGUGACAUUGGCCAAAAUAACCUAGCUAUUUGACAAUUAUACCAAUGCGGCUGCUUCUAUGUAAUCAGCUGCCAUAGUUGCUGAAGAAAUACUAUGUUAGUCACCAGUGGGUGGAAGAAAUGUUGAUAGAUAAAAAUGUAUGUACAGUGUGUUCUCUACACAGUGAAGAUGAAAAGAUUCAAAAAACCCUUUUCUGAAGGCUAGAGUUUUGUGAGAAUACUAUGAAUCCAGUGAGAAUACUGACAGAACUCAGAGGAAAAAUGGAUUACAGGAUAGGAGUUAUGUACUUGCAUAUCUCCAGAGAGCUCUCUACAGACUUCAAUUCCACUGGUACAGCAAUCUGUAAUAUUACUGUUGAAAUCUGUAGGGCAUGUCAAGGUGACGUUCCCUGGCAGGAUCAGAGCCUGGGGGCAUGAUGCUUCCUGUAGUUGAAGUAACUCUGCUUCAUCAACAGGCUACUUUUGAUCAGGCAGCGUGCAGUAAACACUAAUCACGAGGUUUCCUUUGUUGGUUUGGUCACUAAUUUUUACCCAUAAGCUGUCAACCUGUUCAUUGCUGCUUUUCUAAGACAGCUCUGUGCUCUCAAUCUAUUAUUUACUUUUUUUUUACAUAAAGGGCAACCCCCUCCUUCCUUGCCUAUCCCUUCUGCAUAGUAUAUAGCCAUCAAGUGCAGCUCUCCAGUCAUGCAAUUCAUCCCACCACGUUUCAGCAGUACCUAUUAGGUCAUAGCUUUCCACCUGCACCAUGGCUUCUGCUCCUCCCUCUUUGAAACUCUAGUGUCUGAAAAUAACCAUCACAAAGACCAAAACGAUUGAAAUAAUGGUAAGAAGUUCCUUAGUGGAUGGAUUUUUUGAUCAAGUAACUCAAGAUUUGGCAAGCUGCUGACAGUUUAUUGUGGAGUCUGAAAGUCCUGAGAACCUGGAGAAACAGGUUGGGUAGCAGCCCAGGAGGCAGAUGUCCUCGCAUAGCUGGGAAUCAGGAGGGUUUCCUUUGGAAACCUGCCAUGUUUCUACUGAUGGAUUCAGCAUAAUCAUGCUCUUCCACAAAACACUUUGAUUUCAACAAAUUAUCCAUUUUCUCAGAAUGAAAAGUACCAUGUUGAAAAACUCCAGCAGGAUGUCUCCUCUAUGAUUUAAGCACUUUUAAAACCUUUUCCAAGUGUGUCUUGUUUCUCCUGUAUUGCAAAUAAAGCUUCAUCGGCAAAUAAUUAGUGCUGAAAAAACCCUCAGAAGUUCUCAACCUUUCAGAUAAAUACUCAAAUAUAUGUUGAAUUCUUCAGUUCUUUAGGACCAAAAAAAUCUUAUGUGUUCACUAUCUAGGACUUUUAUAGAGCUGAAAUUUGUGAAAGAAUAGUGUUUCAUAUUAUACUGUGGCGUUUCUAUCCCCAUGAAGUUUUUGAUUCAAACUUUGUUCAAUUCUUACUUAUCCUCACAACAUCACCUAUGCUUUGUACCUCAGAGCACUUUGCUGAGGGUAAGAGCAUGCACUGCAGAACAAACUGUGGCUAUGAAUGACCAAGAAAAAAGACCAAGAUUUGCUAGCAAUAACAUUCUUGGCUCAGAUCUUGAGACCUAUUAGACCGAUAGCCAGAGAAGAAGAAGAUGAGUCCAACACAGAUUCUUGUAAUCCAUAGCCUGCUUUAGAGUUUAUAAUUUUCAUGAUUUUGCAUGAUAACAAGAUAGAUUGAAAGUCAAAGAAAAGGGCAACAGCAACUCCUCAUGUGGUUGCAGAGUCAGAAGACAACACUGAGGAGGUGAAUACGUAACCAGCUUUCCCUGGGGUUGGGGUUUUCAGCUGGUAGUCAAGUUCAGGCAGAAGUUAAGUCAUGCCUUGGGCCAUAGUCCCUCUGGUGUCUGUAUACUUGUUCCUUUUCCAGUUCCUGCAUUAGGGCCCUUUGUCAAAUCGUAUUACAAUAUCUCAGACUAUCACUUUUCAAAUAAACCAAAAAGCAGAGUGAGAGCACACAGGUUGAAGCACUGGUGCAUAACAGCCUGUACUGUUUCAUUGUCAGCAGGCUAACGCCUGGACACAGUUUGGGAAAUAGUGUAAGACACUGGCUGUUAGUACGAGGUAGUAUGGAUGAAACUACCCUUUUUUAUUUGGGGAAGAGAAUUCAGCUGUGUAUGCAUAUAUAUAUGUACACACACUAUGUAGCUAUAUUUGGUCAUAUGUUUCUGUGUGGCAACUUCAUUAACCUGAGAUUUUUGGUUUUGCUUCAUGAAUUUCUGUCAUUUCAGUGAAGCAUCACUUAUUUAUUCUUGCUGCUGCAUUUCUGGUUAUGGUACAUUAGAGAUUGUUUCUCAUUGUCCCUUUUCUUUGGUAACACACGCUAUGUGGUAACAUUCUCUAUGCAAACUGUGCUGUGCCACUUGCCCUGAUGUGCCAAAACCCAGGUACUGGCCCAUUUUAAUUUCAUGAAGGACAUAGCCUUGGAGGCUUACAAGAAGUUUUUGACGCAUUUAAACUCUGAUAUCACUGCAUGUUAUGUCUAAAUUCUGUACUUGAUGAAGAUGAUUACUGGAGCAGGAGUGAUCAGGGAAAAUGCCAAAGGGAGGGUUUCAAAUGCUUUUUUUGCAGAGAAUGCUGUGAAGGCUUCUAAAAGGGUAGAUAGACAGCAAGAGGCCAGAGUAUGCAUGAAGAGGCCAGAGUAUGCAUGAGAACAGACAAAAGACUUGUAAUCUGGUAUUUUUCACUUGGACUUUGUCUUCAUUUUCUAGCUAACCCCAAACAAACCUUCCUUUUUCUGCCUAUCAGCAAUGUAUAAAUAAAUCUCUCAGUGCAUUCUAUAAAUAAACACAAUUCCUUCAUUACAAAUGACCUUUCUACUCUCAGCUUGGUUACACAGAACAUGAACCGCGUCCAGGUGAAGGUCAUAGGCUGUAGCAUCUUGUGAGAGUCCAUCUAAGCAUGUGUGCAGCAUGAAGUAAAUGUUGGUUGGGUUAUUUUUGCAGUGCUAAGGCAGUUUGCCCUAAAGUAUCAGGUAUACACAAGAGGCUAUGGUCCAGCAGUGCCAGACUACAUGAUUUGGUGAUUUUAGGGCUGAUACAAGGCUUGUUUGAGCAUGCCCAGGAGUCCAGAGGGCAGAAGUUCUUUCUGUCCAUGCCACCUCUCCAUAGACUGCUGUGCCCCUUUAUACUAAGAGGUAUAGGUGUGGUCUCCUCUUGAGAGACCAAGGCAGAACAGUUUGCAGUUUGUGGGAUGUUUGAGGGAAUCCUAUCAUCUUACAGUGACAAAAAGUGCCAACACCCAGAUUAGCUUUUCCUGGCUUCUGUUGGACUUAAAAAGGAUACCACUGUCAGAGGUACUGCUUUGUUAGCCUGAAUUUUGUGUAAAGCGUACUCAUGUCAGUGGGACAUCAUAGUGAGUAACAUCCUGAGGAAACAGAUGCCUGGGGAGGGAAGAGGAGGGGGUAUUGCUUAUCUUCUGUGAUAACAUAGAUCCUGUUACAAAUCCAAAGUUUAAUUUAUUUUAAUUUAUUUUCAAAGUCUGAAUUUUGGAGUAUUAAGGGUACACAGAGGAUUUCAUUUGGAACACUGCAUUUUCUGAAGCUGUUUCAGGACCAACGAAUUUCUUGAAGUCAUGUUCCCAGGAAGGUGGCUAAUGGGAGUAGCUGAAGUAGCCAAGCUGUAAUAUAAAUGUAUAGUGUAGUGGUAUUGCUCACCUGAAGGUAUAUCCAGUAAACUUCUUUGGAUACUUAGGUGUUAGUCUCAUUACUUUGUCCACCCUGGACAAUGGAGUCGUGAUCUUCAGUCCUGAAGAACAGAAGAGUCAAAAGAGUGCACCUUAAGUGCUUCCUGCACUAUAACGUCUCUGCUGUUAUUACUGCCUCUCCGCUUGAUUCCCUAAGCCAGCUAAGCCAUGCUUUUGGGCUUUUUGCUCAUUUCAGAAACUACCAGACAACAAUUCACGGAGCAGACAGUUGCAGAUUUCCUUCACCCAGCCCAGUGAUGCUGCAGGGUUGACUGCUGGCCAUGUGGCCACUGGAAUGGAAAGAAACACAGUGAUGCUCAUGGGACUUCAAAGGGGAGCACUGGCUGGUCCCUGUGGGCUGGACCUGGACUGCACGCUUUGUCAGAAUUCCCUUCAGUACUUGGUUACAGUGUUCAAACAAGACCAUCUAACUGGCCAUGGUACGCUGACAUUCUUAGCAAUUUAAUUAAGAGCCUUGGAGAGUUCUUGCACUGUAAGAGAUGUGAAAUUAGUGCUGUAAUGUAUUUUGAUUUGGUUACAUAGACUGGCUUGGGAAUAGAGGUUUUAUGAGAUCAUUUUCUACUGCUAAUGGGCUUUGAAAAUAUAAUUUCUGGGUGGUGGGAGAUAUAAUCUAACAAGAUCCCACAGUCUAACAGUCAUAACAAGGAUAUAAGAGUAUCCCACCUAAUUUCUCCUGAGAGAACCAACUAACGUAACCUCUAAAAGAGAAUGCGGAAGUAGCGGGGCCUAUGAUACUUUUGGAAGAUACUGAGGACGGGGUAGGCAUUCAACAUCUUGUAGGCUACUCUCUACAUGCUUACAAACAUUAAGAUCCAAUUUUCAGUAUCACUGUGUGUGGAGAAGAUAAUGUUCUGUCACAGUCUUUUUCAUCAAUCAGUUCCUAUGCAAACUGUGUCUCAUGUAGUCUGUGUAGGUGUGGGACAAGGUCUCUUUAUUACAUGUAUGCUGAAAGGGAGGUAUCUUUUUGUUAGUGAUUAGUGAUUAAUGGUGGAAUUAGUGAUUAAUGGUGGAAUUUGUCCAGAAAUGUGGCCACAAAAUCUGUCCUAAUGCGGGUUCAAAGACUGUAAUAUUCUUAGCAUUGGCAUAGAGAAUUGGGGAUUUUUUUCUUCCAAUCCCUAAGCAAAAAUUCUUUUCUCUAGUUUACAGAUGCAUUUUUUCACUCAGUCACUUUGUACUUCAUCCAUAUAAACCACAUUUCCUAAUUUAAAUGCGUAAUAGGCACAGUUUCAAUAACUAAUUUAUGUAUGUUUCUUCACUAAAGUUAGGUAGGAUAACCUUUCCCCACAGAAGGUAUAUAAGUCAGUAAAAUACAUGUAACACAAUUUCAUCAAAUACACAGAAUUACUGAGAUGUACAAAUGCACACUCAUUUUAUGUACUUAUGUUUUCAUUCUUAAAGAAAAGAACUCAAGCAUUAUAGUUUUUAUGCAAAGGAGACACAUUAAUUCUCAUCCUUUAAAAUUAAUGUUCAGCAUCCUUAAAUGUAAAUGAAUAAUUUACAACUCUGUAAUUAUAUUCAAAUCUCUGAGGGAAGGGAAGCGAUACCUCUGGUUUUCUUCCAGUUUUUAAUGGAGUCUAUAGCUGUUGUGGCAGAUGUUACACUUUGAGUAUCAGUAUUGUUCCAAUAUCCCUGCCUAAAUUUGCAGAAAACUUGAAAUCAAAAUAAUGGGGUGUGAAUUUCCCCAUUCAUUUCAGUUAUGCGUUAAGUGUUAAUGCCAGUUUAAAAUUAGCUUUAAAAAUUAGAACUGAUAAUUAUGGGAGGACACAUAAUUUCUUCCAAAGUAAAUCUAAUUGUAGAAGGUCUGUGUGGAUAAAAUGAAGAACCAUGCUAAGCAUACAGAAGAUUUGUAUGUUAAGGCCUUUAAGAACAUAUUGUAGGAUCUGUUGGGUAGAUCAUAACUGGUUUAUUGCAUCCAUUUAGCUUGAAGACAGACUUAACUUUCAUCAGUUUGGGAUAUGUUACGUCAGGUAAUGUGUAAAAGACCAUGAGAUCACGAAUCAUUGACAAAAUGUAGUUUUUUAUGUUUGUAAGGUAUCUAAGAUCUUCAUCAGGAGCUGUAAAUUCAGGCAGGGAUGCACUGAACUGUACACAAAACCAAAAUUAAAUUCUCCUCUGUCUCUAUGCCCAUAAAUUCCCUUCUUCUAUUUAAACCACUGCUGUAGUCCCAGAUUUAAUUAAAACAGUGAUUAAAGUAUCUGUAACUGCAUACUCAAGCAUAAGCUGUAGCACACUCCUUAACAGUGGAAAUGCAUGCCUGUCAUAUUUUUGUAAACCUGUUGCUUUCCCUUAGAAGCAGGCAAGCCCAUGGACUGGACUGAAACGUUAUGUCCCAGGUCCAAGGAGAGCAUGAGCAGGUAUUUCUAAAAGCUGUGUGUAUGGAGUACAUGCUUGUUCUUAUUGCAAGGAGCACAGUAUUUUCCUCUGUUGCCAACGUACGAAACCAGGACUGGAAUUUUCAGUGUUGUGCAAUGUUGUACUUAUGCUGUGAGCUUGAUUGAUAGGUAUUUGCAAUGCCAGGGUUUUUUCUUUUUUUUUUCUUAAUGUUGCUUGUAUGUGUGCUAAUGGUUGUCUGCAAGCUACAACAUUUGCUUAACCGAGGUCCUGCCUUGGUGCAGAAAUGAGACAUUCUGUGUUUCUGGCUCUGUUUUGUACCACUGGACAGCAGUGAGAACUGUGUCAGUAAUUUCAGAGGCAAGGGAAUUAGGACUUGUAGAACAAUGUAAGUUUUAUUGAAUACUGAAUAACAAGGCAAAAUAACUCUUCUCUUACUUUCAUUAGUUUUCUGUUUUCUUUGCCUUUGUCCCCAGCUUUUAUCCUCUUAUUUUCAUAAUCAUGAGAAGCCAAAUUAAUCUCGGGUAUAAGACUGCCAAACCAGCUUUGAAUUUGUUUGACUGUUCUGACUCUUUAUGCUUCUAGCCCAGCAACAAGGGCCAGAGACUAGCUAGAUCUUAUCAGCUGAGGUGUUGGGUGGCUCAUUAGUUUGACAGAUUCAUCUCCCAUUCAGCAUCAGAUGCCCACAUGUAAAGACACAUCUACUUGUAUCAUGGCAGGAAUCCAUUCACUCAUGACUCAUUUUAUUUCCUUUUUGUAUUAGGUAUGCCACAGGUCAUAUGCUUUGCUUCCGAUAAAAAUCAGUUAUUCCAUCUGUAAGUAACUGCAUAAUUAAAUCCUGAGACAGUAGGAGGGAAGGGACCCAGAAGAAGAACACUCUUCCACUCAGAGAAGUAAAGCGAUAAAAAUAGGUGGCAAAACAGCUGGCAAAACUGUGGAGAGAAAAAGAAAAAUCUCCAGAGUGUAAGACUGCAAAUUGAGGAAUGAAAGUAGUUUCAAAGUGUCUGAGAGAAGUUAAAAUAAUGAAAUGGUAAAUCCAGAGGGGAAAACUAGAAGAUCAGAGCCAGGAUCAAUGAAAACAAAUGAUAAGGAGAAAAAGCAAAACAGACAAAACAUUCCCAUCUGUCAGCCAGAACAAACAAUCAGGGUAACAACUUGACAUGCUUUUCUGAUUUUUGAAGGAAGGAAGGAAAAUGGCAGCAAAAAUAGCGAGGAGGACAGUUUAAAAACGUGAUAGUGGAGGUGAAAGGCUUCUAUUCAACAGUUUCUGAAAUAAUCUGUUUGCAGUUCUAGUUGUAAACCGGGCAUAUAAAUUGGCUUUCAAAUGAGAGCAAACAUAAUUUAUUUUAAUUUAUAUAUAUUUGCAUUGGAUAUGUGGUGUAUGAUGGCUUUAUUUUAGAUAAUAUUCUGUCUUUGUAGUAUUGUUUUAAUUGCUCUUUAGUAGCCAAGUAGAUUGAAAUGCAGUAUCUUGACAGAGAGGUGGCAACUCUGUGCACUGCUGCUCUAGUGGAGGUGGAGUAAAAUCUGACGAGUCCCAACCUUGUACAGACAACAGAGCCUUGUACUGACAACAGAGCCUUGUACUGACAACAGAGGUAGUACAGUACUCUCCUUUACCUCAAAAAGAGUUUGUAUUUCUGGAGCAGGCCAAUCUGGUUUGUAACCUUGCUGUCCCCAGUAUAGUUUUGUAUACAUGGCAGUAACAAAACAUAGGAUUGCAACAUCCAAGUCACUCUCCUGUCCUCAUCCAUGAAGCAGGAAAAUCUCUUUACACUGAAAAGCAGCAGAAACAUCCAGCAAAAACAUUCAGCUUCAAACUCAGCUGCCUGGACUUCAGAAUCUUCGAUGAUGCCUAUGCCUAAGUUCCCAUUAUAGUGACUGGAGCCUAUGCAGCUCACCACGUGCAUUUAAUUUAGGAAGAGCUGAACAGCUCUCUAGACUUAAGUCUAGACUAAUCUUAUCUGCUAAAGAUCUUGAUUGACUAUAGUGGGAGCACAGACACCUUGCUGAUGUACAGACACCUGUGUGUAGGAGUCUGAAUCUGCAAGCUAACAUCCUGCUCUUCAGGUGAGGAACCCCAGGCAGAGCACUGGGGAGUCCCCCAGGAGCAGGCUGGGUGGACGCACAGCGUGCCUGGCAGCCUGGGCUCCAGCUGCCACCCAAGCCCUGACACUGCUGUCCCGCACCAGGAGGCUGCACGGCCCCCACCAGCCGCCAGCAGGCUGGUGAGCUUGGUGCGUUUGUUCUUGUGCUGGGAUCAAGUAUAAGGUAUGUUGUGUAGUGAAAAACGCAGCAAGUACCAUUUUACUCAGGACUGGUGGAUAUUUUCUCUACUAAGGGCAAACAUACUGGCUGAAGACUCUGUGUUUUAUAACCCCUGCAUGCAAAACAUCCCACUGUCAUUCACCAGACCUUCACAAUUCUGCUAAAUUGUUCUGGGCCAUUGGGAGAAAAAAAAAAAAAAAGAAAAAGUUGGGUCAUUUGUUCGUAUAAGGACAAAUUAUAAAAUCCAUGCCUGUUAUUUAACAUUCAGUUCACUCUAGUUCUGCUGGCAGUGCUCCCUCCUGUAUUUCCUGACCAUGUCACUACAAACAAGCUUUUUGGAGGGGUGAUGGCUGAUACAGGCAGUUUGAAAUGCAGCUGAGAGGGGGAGUUCCUUUUUGUAUUUAUGAUUGUAUUUGCUGCUGUAUCUAAUAGGACCUCUGACUUAAAAGAUGUUGUUUAGCUUAUAAAGUAAAAUCAAAUAUUACAGGUCCUGUUUUCAUAUUAAACCCUUACCAAAUUUAAAAAAAGAAAAAUAUUCUUGAGAAAUCAAACAUUCUGGUAUUUUCCAUGUCAAGCUGAUCCAAUGCAGACAGCACAGACCAAAGAGAAGAAUUUUUGUGCUUGUGGUUUAAAUAGGAUGAGGUUGAUAUCGUCUUCUUCAAUGUAAUCUCUUUCUACAGUGAUAGGAUAUCGUGUUUCUAAUUUUAAUUAAAAAGAUGGGUGGGUUGGAUCACUAAAACUGAGAUAUGGGUUUAGGAUGUGAAUGUAUAGCCCUGCUCCUCCCUAUAAAGGCUGGGACUGCUUGUGUCUGGACUCAUCUUUUCAAUUAAUUUGCAGUAAUUAAAGGGUGCUGUGUGGGAUGGGGCUAAAGAGAAACACAAUUAAAAUGUAAUGCUUCUCCUUUGGUAUCUGCAUCCUUAUUUAUUUUAAACUAUCUUCAAUGCUCUGAAGAGUUUAAGUUCCUGUAUCACAUACUGUGCAAGCAGAAAUAUGUGAGUGAACUGCUGCCAAUGGCUCUGAGCAAGCAUGGGGCAUGAUUCAGAUUACACUGUGUUUUCUUGUUUGGAUCUGAUCUCCUUGCUAGCUGAGGCUGAGAAAGGCAGCUCUAGGGGAUUUACUUCUAGCAGCAGCAGCAGCACAUGAUCCAUCAAUCGCGUGAUUCUCACCACCAAGGACUAAUGGGGAGGGUGAAGAAAAAGUGAAUGCUGCCUUGGGGAAGCAACAUCAUUUUCUUCUGCUCGUGGGGCCCUUCCACCAGCUGGACGCUUCAUGGCUUCUCCCAGGUUAGAAACCUACUGCUGCCCGAACCAGGAUGCGGCCACACAGCUAGUGAUGAACUUCCAGCCUGAAGUCUUCUGCGGAGUUUGCAUUGGCAGCGCCUCCAUCAGUCUGCUACUGACCGUCCUGCAGCUCCUGCCGAAGAAGGGACAGAGCUCGCGGAAGAUGCCCAAAGCCUCCUCCUCUUCCACCAUCCUUCUCCUUAUCUCCAUUUGUGACAUCCUUGGUAGCUUAGGUAUGAUCUUCAGAUCAAGCGUAUGGCUAGGCUUCCCAGGCUUCAUAGCUAACAUUUCUGUGGUGAACGGGACCAGCAUGUGGCCUUCUGUUUUCUGCGUGGGGAGUGCGAUGUGGAUCCAGCUAUUGUAUAGUGCUGGCUUCUGGUGGUUGUUUUGCUAUGCCGUUGAUUCUUACUUGGUGGUAAGAAGAUCAGCAGGACUGAGUACAAUUGUGCUGUACCACAUGAUGACAUGGGGCCUCGCCGUGAUGCUCUGCGUGGAGGGAAUUGCACUGCUUUACUACCCUUCUCUCUCCAGCUGUGAAAAUGGCUUGGAGCAUGCAAUCCCACACUACAUCACAACCUACGCCCCGCUCCUGCUGGUGCUGGUGGUCAACCCAAUCCUAUUCAGGAGGACAGUAUCAGCAGUUGCCUCCUUACUGAAAGGGAGACAAGGGAUUUACACAGAGAAUGAAAGACGUCUGGGGACAGAGAUUCAGAUCCGCUUCUUCAAAAUUAUGCUGGUAUUCGUUAUUUGCUGGUCAUCCAAUAUCAUCAAUGAGAGCCUUUUGUUCUAUCUCGAAAUGCAGCCAGAUAUCAAUGAAACACCCCUGAAAAACAUCAGAAGUGCUGCACUGAUCACGUGGAUUAUUAUGGGGGUUCUUAACCCAAUGCAAGGGUUCCUCUUCACAUUAGCAUUCUAUGGCUGGACUGGAUGGAGGGUGGACCUAAAAUGGCAAAAAAGAGAAAUACCCUGGGAAUCAAUGUCCUCAUCCACUGUGGGUGAAAAUACCUAUCCUUCACCAGUGAACUACCAGAACAACAUCCAUGAUUCAAAGAAGACAGCAGCAACUGACAGCCAGCAGACCGAUCAGGCUAUAAGCAUGAUGUCUGAAGGUAACACUAGCAGUGAUGACAGAUUAACUAGGAGCUCUCCCAUCUACCAGGGCUGGUAGUUUGUAGGCACAGAGCUGGAUCCGACUUCUGAUGUUCCCAUGUCAUCAUGUGAAACUGUUGCACUCUCUGGAAUUAGGUUUGUGCCCAAUAGCUUGAUGUCAUUUCCUGUAACUUGUGUGUGUGUGAGAGAGAGGGAGCGUGUGAGGCAGAGAUAUUAUGAUUUGGCUUCAUUUGCCUUACAGGAUAUGUGUUAACAGGUAUAAAGGCCUAAUCCUUUUUCAACAGGAGUGUAUCUCUGCAAAGAUCUAUGUUACUUAUGAUUGAUUUUCAUCCAUUUUGUUUUAAUCUCUCUUGUAACCUUCAUAUGGUAGAAGUCUUUUGUUUAAAUAAAUGAACUGUUAGUAUGCUGAGUUUUUAAA